AUGUUUCAUCAGAACAAUUUCAACCAUGUUCCGAUUAGUACUUCUCUUAACCGUAGUCACCUUAGCAGCGGGUGCAAGACUACCACCUCCAAGACUUGACGGAAAAAUCGUUGGCGGCAAACCCGUUAAGAUCGAAGAGUACCCAUACCAAGUUUCUUUGCAAAGUUAUGGCAGCCAUAUUUGUGGUGGUUCCAUCCUAGGACCGAACAAGAUACUUACAGCUGCUCACUGCACCAGCGGCUCGUCUGCUAGCUCGUUGUCAAUUCGUCACUCCAGCACUUACCGUGGUUCCGAGGGUGUCGUGAUCAAGGUGGCCAGUAUUGCCCAGAAUCCAGCCUACAAUCCAUUCACAACUAGUGAUGACGUCAGUGUAUUAACUCUUGCUGAAUCAAUCAAGGAUUCAGACAUUGGCAAACCGAUCGCAAUGGUCGAAGCCACCGCAGCAGAAGGUGGUCGUGCAGCAGUGUGCACAGGAUGGGGUACUCUGUCAUCUGGAGGAUCCUCCCCCCUACAAUUACAAGCUGUUGACGUUGAAGAAGUUGACAGAAAAGAGUGCAACAAAAGCUACGAUGGCCGCAUCACCGAUACCAUGAUCUGUUUUGCCAGUCCAGGAAAGGACUCUUGCCAAGGAGAUUCCGGUGGUCCACUCGUAGUUGGCGACAAACAAGUUGGAAUCGUCUCCUGGGGCCGUGGAUGCGCCCGUCCGGACUAUCCUGGCGUUUACGCUCACGUUGCUCCUCUCAGGAAAUUUAUCGAUAAAAACCUAUAAUCCGUAUGCAACCAUUUAGACAACAAUAAAUACCAAAUUUUCCAACAUUACCUAAUUUUUAAGACCUUGGCGGCGAUGA